GCUGAGACAUCACAUACUAACUAAGUAGCAUGAUAAUAGCACCGACUAAGUAGUUCAAGAUAAAACUAUGUAACAUAAUUAAGGUUAAGAUUUCAUGCAGCAGUUACGUUGACUAUAUAUACAGGAUAGAUACAGCGCAAAUAGUGCAGCAAGAGAGUUAAACCAAAGAUGGCUGGAACUGGAAAUGUUGGAGUUAUGGAAGAUGAGGAGAAUGCCUACACUGGAACUAGAGUCCGUCCCUUUGCCUCCACACCAAGGGUUGAGCAACGAAAACUUGAGGAUGAGAAGCAGCAAAGUCCCACUACCUUGAAAAUUUUUUCCCUCAAUGAGCUUUUCUCUUUGGAGGUUUGGAGAGCGUCUUUGGCAGAGCUCCUUGGUUCAGCAGUGUUAGUUUUUGCAAUGGACACUAUAGUCAUCUCCUCCUAUGAGACAGAAACAAAAACACCCCACCUCAUAAUGUCAUUUCUUAUUGCUGUCACUAUCACAGUUCUCCUUCUAGCUACGUUUCCCAUUUCCGGUGGCCACAUCAAUCCUGUUAUCAGCCUUGCCGCGGCACUUACCGGCAUUGUAUCCCUCUCACGCGCCGCCAUAUACAUUUUGGCUCAAUGUGUUGGGGGCAUACUAGGGGCGCUAGCAUUACAAGCUGUGGUAAGCACCAAAAUUGAGCAAACAUUUUCACUUGGAGGUUGCACCCUCACAAUUGUUGUACCAAGUGCAAAUGGACCACUUGUGAUCGGCCUCAAGACGAGCCAGGCCCUGUGGCUCGAGAUAAUUUGCACCUUUGUGUUUCUUUUUGCUUCAAUAUGGAUUGCUUUUGACAAACGCCAAGCCAAGCACCUGGGCCGAGUUAUGGUUUGCUCUAUCAUAGGCGCAGUGGUGGGCCUCAUCGUGUUUAUAUCAACAACUGUAACUUCCACUAAGGGCUAUGCAGGUGUUGGGAUGAACCCAGCAAGAUGUUUGGGUCCAGCCCUAAUUAGAGGUGGCCACCUUUGGAGUGGGCACUGGGUUUUUUGGGCCGGGCCUGCUAUUGCUUGUGUAGCAUUUGCCCUCUAUACAAAGCUCAUUCCAAGUCAGCUUUUGCACAACUGA